AUGGCUCGACCUAAUUCCGGUUGGAAUUCUUUUUUCCACACAAACAACGCCUAUGACACUUCGAACAAUGCUACUAAUAGUAGUAAUGUUGCCGAAACAACACCCACUGACCCGUCUUUACAGAGACUAUCUUAUUUUCAACUAAGAAGCGAACUAGGACCUAACUACGAUACUAAUAUACCACUAGAUUUGCGUGCAAAAAAAGUGCAAGACGUUGAACGUGGUGGCGGAUAUCCUGAUCCUAAUAACCCAUUUAUAGAUAGCAAAGAAGCAACUAACAGAGAAGGAGCAUGUUGGAUUCCUCCUUCCAUUAAUAAUAACAACGAUCACCCAUUACCCAGUGCUCCUCCCGCUUCCGAUCUACAAUCAUAUCGUAAUUACGAGGGUGCUAGUAGCAGACCACACAGUCCUCCAUCUCCGCCGAGUGGCGAUAGCGGCAAUACAUCACCAUAUAACGAAUACAAUGAUAAACAAAUGCUAGAACAAAACGAUGAAGCAUUUGCGCAGCAAUUGUAUCGUGAAGAGAAUGAAAAAUUUUAUCUAAGACCCGAGAAUGCGACUUAUCAUGGUGCUGUUCCGGAUAGUAGGAACAGUGGUAUAGUUCCACUGAUUGAUCCUAAAAUGCCAAAAGCUCUCUCGGAUCCAAGAGUGUUAAGACAAUUACAGAAACGAAGGAUAUGGCGACCAUGGUUCACUUGGCUAGUUUCUAUUAUACAAGUUGUAGUAUUGAUUUUCGAAUUUAUUAAGAAUCAGAAAUAUACUGGAAGUGUGAUUGAAACUAGUCCCUUUAAUCCGAUGAUUGGUCCUUCGUCGGAGACUUUGAUUUUAAUGGGUGCGCGUUUUGUUCCAUGCAUGCGUGCUGUCCCAUCACUUGAAAAUAUGCCGUUUUCAUGUCCUAAUGCCACUACACAAAAUGCUACCUGUAGUCUGGAGGAUUAUUGUGGGUUUGACGGGUUUCAUGGAAAAGAUCCUAAUCAAUGGUAUCGAUUCAUCUUGCCGAUAUUUCUUCAUGGUGGACUGAUUCAUAUAGCGUUCAAUUUAUUAUUCCAACUUCAAACGGGUACACAAGUUGAAAAAGAUAUAGGUUUUCCUCGUUAUAGUAUAAUUUAUAUGGCAAGUGGGAUCUUUGGUUUUAUUUUUGGUGGUAAUUUUGCAAGGACGAUAGCUCCUUCAAUGGGCGCAUCAGGCUCAUUAUUUGGAAUAGUCGGAGUCCUAUUGCUUGAUCUAAUUCAAAAUUGGAAGCUGAUUUUAAAUCCAUGUUGGGAGCUGACAAAAAUGCUAUUAUUAAUUGGUAUCUCAUUUCUAAUCGGCCUUUUAUUACCGGGACUCGACAACUUCUCACACAUCGGUGGAUUUGUAAUGGACGUGCAACAUGGUUCUUUAGAAUAG